AUUUUUAUUUUAGACAACUAUUUCCUCAUCAGAGCAACAAAAUGUCAAGACGUUUGGCUGCCAACAUAAAGAAUGACCAUCUAACGUGCCCGAUCUGCCAAGAGACCUAUACAGACCCUCGCCGGUUACCAUGCGAUCACUCAUUCUGCUUUGCUUGUCUAAAACAACUGAUCAAAGCAUCUCGUAAAAACAACACUGUUCGCUGUCCCGUUGACCGGAAGGAAAUACGGGCUCCUUUUGCGAACGCGUCCGAUUACCACUGGGCCGAGUCGUUCCCGAAGGACGAGUUAGUGUUAUCUCUCCUACAAACUGUUCAAGGCGAAGGAGUCGAGGUGCCAUCAGGGGUAGAAUGUCGGCAACAUAAAGAAACAUGUGGCUAUUUCUGUUUCGGAUGUUAUGAAUUCGCUUGUUCUGAAUGCGUGUUGGAAAACCACAAACAAGAUGAUUGUGACUGCAGAACAUUUAAGAAAAGCAAGGAACUGUCAAAAGAACUUUUCAAAGAUCGCAGAACCGAGUUAGAUGAACUGCUAAAAACCAUAGAUCGGAUGGAAAUACACGGCAAAGUCCACGAACGAUCUCUAAGGACCUCUGAAACGCGAGUUUCUGAGAGCCUCCACACAAUAGCUGCACAGAUAGAGAAGUUUCGAGAUUCAACAAUAGCCAAACUGAUCAAUAUGUUGACACAAAUUGAGAACGUGAGUGUGACGAAGAAUAAGAUCGAUCAGGCAAAAAUGUUGAAGGAAAAAAUCAAAAUCUAUCGGAAACAGGUCGACUACGUGCAUCAGAAGACUGACGUGAGAGAAAUCCUAACAUCACUACAGGUGCUGAGAAAGAGGAUCCAUGAGUUCACAGACGAUGUCUGCUCCCUAGAAACUUCAGGCAGAUUCAGUUCAACUUCAUCUACAGAUACACCCCGAGCUCGUCAAUAUAUGUCAAAAACUAGGGAGAUAUAGUUCGGAAAUAGGCAAAUUACAAGUGACCACU